ACAGAGAGUAAAGUGACUUGCAAGAUCACACAGGACGUGCGUGGCGGAGCCAGGGAUAGAAUCCAGAUCUGAGUCGUGGUCCUGUAUUUCAAUCAUCAUUUUCCUUUGCCUCAAGUGGGCUAACGCUUUCCCCGCAAUAUCAGGACUACCAGCUGUACUGCUGCCCAGCUGAAUUGUUACACAGGCUUCCUACCCAGUCAGUUUAACAUCUUUCCGUGCAGAAGGGACACUGGUCAACAAAUGGUCUCUCUAAAUUGCAGCGACUUGCUCCCUGCUUCAGACCCCCUGGUCCCUCCAGCUGGCACCUCUUGGCUAGACAGCAACACUGAUGCUCGUAAGACAAAGAUGCCGUCUGCUGUUCUUCCGGAAGACUGUGACGCAGGAGCGUCCGACCCUCUGGAUGGCUCCAGUCUUCUCCUUCGCCAUGGCAGCUGUCCUGCGCAAGACGCCCGCCUCCUGGUGUCCAAGGUGAAGAAAGAAGGCGAGAAAUCCCAAGCCACCCUCUAUGAAGCUCAUCUGAAACUGCCCGACUUCUGCAAUGACCUCUCCAGAGAUUUCACCCCCACCCUCGAGGAGAUUGAGGAGUUCCUGAAGGAGAAGAUGGAGCUCCUCAAGGAUGAGCUGAGCGAGAAACAGCCUGUCAGAGGGAAGCUGGAGAUCAAGUCGGAGAUCAACCUAGGGAGCCCUGGGGAGCAGCCUGUGCCCAGAAUGGCUCCGGAAGGGGGUGCGUUGAGCUCUGCUGAGGCUGGGGGGGUAGCCAGUGCUGCGGGCCUGACGGUGGGUAUUGGGAGCAUCCCAGUUAUCCUCCAGAUCCAGCCCGUCCAAAUGAACAGUGGGAGCCCCACACCACAGAGCGCUGUGGAUGGCAUCAGGGUGGCCCAGUUGGUGGUCAGCGUGCAGGGCCAAAGCCUGACCUUUGUCCCUCAGGCUGCCCAGCCCCCCGUGACUGUCUUGGACCAAAAGUACGUCAAAAUAGCCCCCCUGCCCAUCGCUCUGAGGCCAGCGGCGCUGGGAACUCUAAGAGGGGUUGAGGCUUCCCCCAAGUUCCAGAAGGUCUCCCCUUCUGUCAUCCGGGUCCACAAGUGCACGCACCCUGGCUGCAGCAAGAUGUACACCAAGAGCUCCCACCUCAAAGCGCACUUCCGGCGCCACACUGGAGAGAAGCCCUACACUUGCACCUGGCCCAACUGCGGCUGGAGGUUUUCCCGGUCGGACGAGCUCUCGCGCCACAAGCGCUCCCACUCCGGCGUCAAGCCCUACCAGUGUCUGACCUGCGAAAAGAAGUUUGCCCGCAGUGACCACUUAUCCAAACACAUGAAGAUCCACAGGGGCCAGCGCAGCCGGACAGCUCAAGGCAGCGGCAGCAGUUAACCCUUUCCUCCCCGCCUUGCGGAAUUGGGGUGCAAUCCAGCAGAGCUGGAUACCGAACUGAACACAAAGGGGUGUUUUUUGUUCAGAGGGGAAAAUAAUUUUCUUUUUUGUACAGACUGGAGAAAAUCCCAAGUCUACCUCUACCCAUGGAUGCCUUACGGUCAGGACUUGUCUCCUAUACUACUGUGCCACUUGUAAAUGCACAUGAUGGGCACGUGAGCUAAUUAGGGGCACACGUGGGAGGAUGGCUUCAUCUAAGGGCUUUGGUGAGUUAAUAGGUGUUGUCUGUCAGGGUAAUUCAAACGCUUCUGUCACUGUAAUGUCUGCCUGAUACGAGUUGGAGCGAGAGCUAAUGGGUUAAUAGCACUUCUUCCUCAGCCAGCAUCCUGACUUGCUGCUUGUAUAUCCUCCCUGCUCUGGGGGCUGCAAGUCCGACCAAUGACCCAGCCGUCCAUGGACAGCCAUCCUAGUGGGGGGAGCCAAAAGGGAUACUUCCUCCUGCCUGAGCAAAGACGACCUGUACUUGGAGUCUUGGCUAGAGUGAUGACCUCACUUACAGAUUGUACAGUGGGUAUGGAAACGGACUGCAUCUUGACGUGUCCCUGUCUCUGAUCCCUCCCCCCAGUGUGCGCUGCUCAUCACUGAUGUCUGCAGGAUUGGCAAGGCUGAUGUCCUUUUCUGUUAAAUAUUCUUUAAUCAUGUACAGAGCAGGGUAAACUCCCAAGAUGUCCCUGGGAAGGUGAUGCUGAUGCACUUACUGUGUUUUCGGUUGUAUGUGGCAAAUGCUUAGCUGGGUACAGCAUGUCCUUGCUUUGUCUGUUACCCCUCACAAAAGAGCAAGGAGCCUGCUAGCGGCUUGUGGAGGCCUCAAGUGCAGCCUACCCCCCACCCAUGUUCUGCUGAGGUGGAGUGGGAGCAUGGCAUGCUGGCACCUGAAGUCUGUGGGCUGCCCCUCCGUGUCAGAGAUCAGGGUGUCUGCAUCCUGUUCCUGUGUAUACAAAUCACGUGCAGCUCUCAGGCUUCUGGCAGGUUGCUACUGUGGCCCACAGGCCCAGCAUCGGUGACCCCUCUGCUCCAGCAGCUGCCUCUGCAGGCAUUGCACCCAGCCCUGAGGCUGGGAAGGGCAGAUGAAUGGCUGCACCUCCUAAUGGUACGGUGACUCUAAAAACAACGGGCAGGUCUUCACAGCACCCCAACUGAAGGGUUGGUUUGUCAUUUCUGUUGGUAUCUGUGUUCCCAGGUUUAUAGUUACAACUCUGCUGUCAAAAAAACACAAUUACCUUUGUAGUAAUCUGUUACAAUAGUCCUUUUUUGUAUUAAAGUGCCUGUAACACUUUCAACAGCACCCUGACUACCGUGUUAAUGGGACACUAGAAUAGUGUCUGGUCAUCCCAUAGUGACUGAAGCUGUAGGCCUCUGACCUUCCAUAUGGGUGUUCAGCACGGCACUGAUGUGCCAAAUUGUGUGGUGGUGCCGUUGGGAAGUGUGGU